CUAAGGAUUGAUUCCUUUCUUCAAUCAUUCAUGGCCAACCAAUACCAUCCAUUUCUUCUACUGUCCCUUCUUCUUCCUCUUCUCUCCAUACCUUCUUCUUCUUCUUCUACUUUCUCCCAUGAACAUCAUCAAGACCACCACCACCACCCAGUAUUAAAAUCUUUGCACUUCUCCCUCUACCAACAUGAAACCAUCAACCAAACCGGCUACAUUAUUGUCAACGGUGUCGCCGGAGCUGGCUUCGGCCAAACUACCAGCCCUUUUGGCACCAUAAUAGUCUUCAAUGAUAAACUAACAACCAGCAAAAGCUCAAACUCUAGUGUAGCAGGCAUUGCCGAAGGGACAUCGAUAACUUCAAGUAUCAAUGGCCUUCAAGGUGUAUCUUUUGCUAAGAUCACACUCAAGAUCAAAGGACACCAAGGCUCCAUUUCCAUCGUUGGAGGUACUAACAAUGUUAAGCCUGCUGACCAUCCUGUUGUUGGAGGCACUGGGGACUUCUUGUUUGUUCAAGGCUUUGUUAGAUCAUUACCAGUUGAACUCCAGGGUCUGAGAGUUGUUUACAAGAUUGAGUUCAAUCUCUACUGGCCUCCAUAUGCUGCUGCAGUUCAUGGGUUUAAGUAAGCAAUUAAUUAACUCUGUUCUCUUGCUGUAAGUUUAUUUUCUAUCUUUUGUAUGGUUGUACUUAAUCAUUUGGUUGGGUUUCAUCAAUAAGACAUUUAAUUAAUG